GAGGCGUCACGCACUCCAUGGUAACGACGCUCGGCCGGAAGAUGGCGGCCGAGUGGGGCGGAGGAGCCGGUUACUCGGGUUCAGGCCCCGGCCGGAGCCGGUGGCGCUGGAGCGGUUCUUUGUGGGUCCGAAGCGUUUUCCUCCUGUUGGGCGGGCUGCGGGCAAGCGCCACAUCUACUCCCGUCUCCUUGGGCAGUUCCCCUCCCUGCCGGCACCACGUCCCCUCUGACACUGAGGUCAUAAAUAAAGUUCAUCUUAAGGCAAAUCAUGUAGUAAAGAGAGACGUUGAUGAGCAUUUAAGAAUCAAGACUGUUUAUGAUAAAAGUGUCGAAGAGUUGCUCCCUGAGAAAAAAAAUCUUGUAAAGAACAAGCUUUUCCCACAAGCUAUUUCUUAUUUAGAGAAGACUUUUCAGGUCCGUAGACCUGCUGGCACUAUCUUACUUAGCAGACAAUGUGCCACAAACCAAUACCUCCGGAAGGAAAAUGAUCCUCAUAGAUACUGCACUGGGGAAUGUGCAGUGCACACAAAAUGCGGCCCAGUUAUUGUUCCAGAGGAACAUCUCCAGCAAUGCAGAGUCUACCGUGGGGGUAAGUGGCCCCAUGGAGCAGCGGGUGCGCCAGACCAAGAAGGCAUCCCGGAUGCAGACUUUGUACUGUACGUUGGUGCUCUGGCCACUGAGAGGUGCAGCCGUGAAAACAUCAUCUCCUAUGCAGCCUACUGUCAGCAGGAAGCAAACAUGGACAGGCCAAUAGCAGGAUAUGCUAACCUGUGUCCAAAUAUGAUCUCUACUCAGCCUCAGGAGUUUAUUGGGAUGUUGUCCACAGUGAAACAUGAGAUUAUUCAUGCCCUGGGUUUCUCUGCUGGACUGUUUGCAUUCUACCAUGAUAAAGAUGGAAAUCCUCUCACUUCAAGAUUUGCAGAUGGCCUCCCACCUUUUAAUUAUAGUCUUGGAUUAUAUCAAUGGAGUGAUAAAGUAGUUCGAAAAGUGGAGAGAUUAUGGGAUGUUCGAGAUAAUAAGGUAGUUCCUCACACUGUGUAUCUCCUGGUAACGCCUCGUGUUGUUGAGGAAGCACGAAAACAUUUUAAUUGUCCAGUUCUGGAGGGAAUGGAGCUUGAAAAUCAGGGUGGUAUGGGCACUGAGCUCAACCAUUGGGAAAAAAGGUUAUUAGAGAAUGAAGCAAUGACUGGUUCUCACACUCAGAACCGAGUACUCUCUCGAAUCACUCUGGCAUUAAUGGAGGACACUGGCUGGUAUAAAGCAAAUUACAGCAUGGCUGAGAAGUUAGACUGGGGCCGAGGAAUGGGCUGUGACUUUGUCAGGAAGAGCUGUAAAUUCUGGAUUGAUCAGCAGAGACACAAGUAAGAAUGCAUUUCCUCACAGUGUCAUUAAUUACACAGUUCAUUUCUUAUUUUAUUCUUUAUCCUAUGUCUAAAAUGUAAACUAUUUUCAAAAUGUCGUCUGAGCAGUUCAGUUUCAAUGUAUAGGAAACCAUCUAUAGAUGCUUGGUAAUAAUAUUGUAAGAAGUAGCUGCAGUAUUGUUUUUAAUCAUACACUAAAGGAAUCCACAGUGAGGGGCCCAGAGCCAUGAACAUUUCUGUUCAGCUUAUUGUAACUCAUAAAUAUAUAUAUAUAUUUACAAACAUUUUGUAUACUUUGUCAUUCUUACUGUCUGAUAUAGAUGUAUGUAUAAUCUAGAUUUGAUUAUAUAUAAAUGACAUGGGUCUGGAUCAUACAUAUACACAUACAGUUGUUCUUUGGUAACCAUGGAGGGUUGCUUCCAGGACCCCUGUAAAAAAAAUCCAUAGAUGCUUAUAUAAAAGUUCCUUGUAGAAAUUGUAGUAGUAUUUGCAUAUAACCUAUGUACAUCCUCCUGUAUAUUUUAAAUGACCUAGAGGUCAUUUAAAAUAUAUAAUACAAUUUAAAUGCUGUUGAAACAGUUGUUAUAUUGUUUAGGGAAUAAUGACAAGGAAAAAAGUCCCCAUGUUCAGUGCAGAAGCAACCAUCCUUUUUUUCCUGAAAUGUUUUGUUUUGUUUUGUUUGUUGUUGUUAUUGUUGAGACAGAGUCUCAUUCUGUUGCCCA